CUGGCUGCGUCACUUCCUGUCAGCUGUCGCUUCCGGAUGCGGUGAAACGGCGGAGGAGUCGGGACACACACACACAAACACACACAGAGAGACACACACAGCAACAGCAACGUAUGUGGAUCAAUUUAAAUGGCAAGACGACAUCCGUAAAAAGUCCGAGGACACGCCGGCGACGUCCACAAUGUAUCCAAGGAGACAAAGACACGCGUCGUGGACUGUCCGUGUUUAUGUCUUCUCGCUAGCUUGAAGCCAGCUCCGCGUUAGCUGCUACGGCGCAGACAGACAGACAGACAGACAGACAGACAGACAGACAGACAGGCUGUCUUCUUGUCUCUUCUUGUCUCUUCUUGUGUCGGGUGAAGUAUGACUUCUCCUUACCGCUCCUCUUGAUUUAAAACACUCCCUUUUUUUUUAAAAUACCGACAGGGGGGAACCGUGUUUGUUUUAUAGCGUGUAACACGGCGUUUGUUUGAGGUCAGGGUUGUCUUCUCAGUUUCUUCACUGUCAGGAGACAAACUGAAGUUUAUCCUGGAGUCAACCUGGACAAAAUGGAUGAGAUGUGGACUACGGAAAACACAGCAGAUACGUCGUAAAUAACUCUCUCUCCUGUCAGCCGCUACCUUUUUUUAUAUUCCUUCUGCUGACAGAGCACUUCACAAACAGUAUCCUGUGUUUGAGUUUGGACUCAAGUGGAGGAAGUGAGUGAGUGAGUGUGAGUGUGUGUGUGUGUGUGUUGUUUUUAUUUCAGCACAGACUCUAUUUGACUUCUAAAGUUCAACAGCGUAGUGAAGGAUGAAUGGCCUCUCUCUCAGCGAGCUCUGCUGCCUGUUCUGCUGCCCACCAUGCCCGGGCCGCAUCGCAGCCAAGCUCGCCUUCCUGCCGCCUGAGCCCACAUACGCCUUUCUUCCAGACCCAGAAGCGGUCCCUGGUGCGCUAGGGGCAACGGGGACGUCUAACUUGCGGGUCCGGAGCAGCGCGAGCGUUUCCGGGGCUAUAGAGGGAAGAUGGAAGCUCCACCUGACGGAGCGAGCGGAGUUUCAGUACUCGCAGAGAGAGCUGGAUAUGACAGAGGUGUUCCUCACUCGAUCCAGCCGAGGAAACCGAGUCGGCUGCAUGUACAUUCGCUGCGUACCUAAUGCCAGAUUUACAGUGCUCUUCUCCCACGGUAACGCUGUCGACCUGGGCCAGAUGAGCAGUUUCUACAUCGGCCUUGGCACUCGCAUCAACUGCAACAUCUUUUCCUAUGACUACUCAGGCUACGGUGUCAGCACUGGCAAGCCCACCGAGAAGAACCUCUACGCAGACAUUGAUGCUGCCUGGCACGCCCUGCGCGCACGGUAUGGCAUUAGCCCCGAGAAUAUUAUCCUGUAUGGACAGAGCAUUGGUACAGUACCCACUGUAGACCUGGCGUCACGGUACGAGUGUGCUGCCGUCGUUCUUCAUUCACCUCUAACAUCCGGCAUGAGAGUGGCCUUUCCAGAUACAAAGAAAACAUAUUGUUUCGACGCUUUCCCCAACAUAGAGAAAGUGUCCAAAAUCACAUCCCCGGUGCUCAUCAUCCACGGGACAGAGGACGAGGUGAUCGACUUCUCCCACGGCCUGGCUCUGUUCGAGCGCUGCCCCAAGGCUGUGGAGCCUCUCUGGGUGGAGGGAGCGGGACACAACGACAUUGAAUUGUACAGUCAGUAUCUGGAGCGCCUGCGCCGUUUCAUAGGACAGGAGUUGGUAGUACAGCACGCCUGACCCAUCACAACCAGGACCAUCAUUAUCACCAGUUUUCCUGCCCCACUUAAAGCUUAAUUUCUCCGUGUCCAAGAGUCAUCUAAACCAUCCCUCACCUUGCCGCAGUUUCCAGGCGGCGUAACGCUUAACACACUGCGGUGCUUCAUUUUCGGGGUGCCUUUUUUAAUGAACCAUGGCUCGACACAACACGGAGGGAAGAAAGUGUGUUCGUAAACAUCAGAAGUGCGUGAGUGUGAAAGACUUCACACAAGUCACAAACUGCAUUUAUCCUUUUUUUUGUUGUUGUUUUUUUAAAGCAGUCAGUUCAACAGUACAGCUGCCACGUGUGAGCAGCAGGUAAACUCCUAUACUGUGCAAUAACACGGACAGUGCCCACAGGAAAAGAGACUUCAAAUCAUGAGGAGGUUUAACCGAACAACAAACUGAUAAAUAAUCAUGUAGGUCAAUUAAGUUGGUGGUCCACGUGGGAAAUUUCUGUCAAUUUUCCAGCCUACUCAUCGAGUUUGUGUGUAACCAAGUUAAAAUUGGAUAAUGGUGCAGCAUGGGAAACACUUUAGAGGACUCUCUGAAGUGCUUCUGACGUGCGUUAGCGAAUAUUUAGGUUUUCUAAUCAUAUAUUAAAAUAGCAAACAGGUUUGUAACAACGUUCUCUACACAGAAUGCAAUCCAGCCGUACAACAAAUCCUGAUAUUAGGGGUUGAUUUUAACUAUAUUUUGUAGUGGUUGGUUGUGUUGCAUUGGACUGCAUUAUAUUGAAAGGUGUUUCUAAAUAUCCUGCCCUCCCCCCCCGCCCAUCAUGUAUGUACCUGACACAUACCGUACAUACAUGGAGAUGAAUUUUGAGUUUUGCGUGUUUCAUUUAGUUUUUCGCUGUACUGAACAUUUUGCUCAGGUAACCCUCUUUUAGACAUUAGGGUCAGUGUGUUCUACAUUUGUUUGUCUUUUUUUUUUCGUUUCGUUUUGUCAUCUAAAUCUCCUCAGAUCAUUUUGAGCAAAGCUUUCUGAAGACGGCUAACAGCUAUUCAGCUUUUUUUUUUGUUAUCAUUUAAUUUUAAACAAGUAAUAAACUAGACUAUGAUCCCAUGAGCUGUUUCCUCUUAACAUCUUCUCUCUGGUUUUCUUCUCUGCAGCUGAGUGAGAUUAGCUGUGUUUGGGGGGAAAAAAAAAAAACGUUCAAGAGCCUCAAAAAGAAAAUACCUCUAGCUCCUUCAUUUAAUGGAACAUCUGAGAGUCUCUUAGCGCUGUCCGCUUAGUUUUAGUCUUGAUCAUUGUGUUUAUGUCUCACGCCAGUAGGUGUCACAGCUGUCAGCGAACUUCCUGUUUCCCUCGGCGUCUGGAACAGAGAAGCAACACUAAAAUUAAACAGGCCUCGGUUUUCGAACUCCGGUCUGUUUUUAUCCCUUCAUUUCUUUAAUGCUGUCUGACUGCCGUCUGACUCAUACGCACUCCAUCUCGAGGGGCAAUAUAGUCAAUUUGAGAAGUGAAUUAAAACAUUACUUUGGCAUCAAGUAUUUUAUGAUUGUUGGCAAAAUACAUUUUUCUCAGUUUAAUGACUGAGUUUCACAUUCUGAUGACUGGAAAAUCAUUCCCAUCUUUUCUACAGAUAAGCACAGGAACAGAUGUUUUGUCACAAUAUAAGGCCCUAAUGCUUCUUUAGUUGUUUCGCGGCUUUAGCAGUAGCAAGCUCCUCAGAGCGGCUUAACCUUUAACAUCUGACGUGAUGACAAUGCUAUUCCACUACUAUCCUGUGCUGCAGGUAAAAAUAGGCUGUGUGCGUGGAAGAAUAUCCCUCUUCAUGACUCUUUCCUCUGGUUUACGGUCUUUACAAGAACUGCCUAUAACGUUUGUAUGUCUGUGCAUACACAGUCCAUAUAAUAGUGAAGUAUUUUUACAUAUUUGGGGCAUAACUUCUUGUUAACACUAUUGGUUUUACUACACAGAAUUGAGUGUAACGGUGGUAUAGUACCUUUUUUAGCUGCUGUUGUGGUUUUUGAAAACAGCCUCAAACUUGUUUUUGUUUUAUUUCUUUUUGUUUUGCGCUGAUAACUUAGGGAAAUAUCACUAACCAAUAUACAGUUUCAGUUGUCCAGUUCCGCUUCAUGUGUCGUCGUUUUCUUGUGACAGUGUUGUAAAUGAGUAUACAAAACUAACUGGUGCAAGAUCAUAACAGCUGGCUGUCCUGUUCUAGUAACUUUGGGCUGACUCAGACAAUAAAUUGUAAUCCUUCCUUUUCACUGCCUGUUUUUUAAGAUUCGCUGCACUCCAUCGUGACAAAAUCCCUUCAUUCGCUCACUUAAUGGUCUGUUUCACAACCAGACGUGAGGGGAAGUAGAAAGCAUCUUAAAGAUGCAACACUCAACAAACCAGUGUGCAUCUCCACUUAAAAAAACAAAACGGAGAUUGUUUUGUUUUUUUAAGAGAAGUCAGGAUUUUCAGGUUUUCUCAUGUACAUAUGAACCAAAGUGUAACUCUUUUUAGCGCUUUACUCAAGUGUACCUGCUGUUUAUGUUGGUAUCUUCUUAACCAAAGCAGAAAUGUUCAAAUUUAAGUUCUUUUGUUAACUUUUCAUUCGUCUGUGUGACAAGUCUGUUUAUUUCUCCCUCCCACAGCACAAAACAUUUGGAUACAAAUUAAAUGUAAAUUUGUCAGCUUGCUAAACGCUUAUGUUUCAUCAUAUCAUAUUUGGAUUCAAAAAUGCAGCAAGAGAGUUUGAAUAGCAUACAUUACCAAGAUGUGGGUGUUGUUUGUUUUUGUUUUUGUCAGACUGUUGAAGUGUAUCAUUUGUGGAGGAGUAUAACUAAGCAACACAGCAAAGAGUGAGUUUGUGUUGUGGGCUGAUUUAAAAAAGAAAAAGGAAAAAACUAUGACCGAACAGCUUUAAGUAGACAAAUGAAAAGAUUUUGUAUUUGUCUCUCAAAUGUUUGCAUUUCUGGUGUAAAUCAUCUGUGGGUAUCAUUUUUGUCAUCACACAUUGUUACCCACUGUUUAUAAUACUGACUAAUUUUUA